AUGGCGCACAAAGAGAUAAUGGAAUCGACAAAGAUUCCGCCUUUUGCAUCGACUCCUGUGGCAAGCAUACCAGCUUCUGUCCGCGCGGCCAAGGCCACUUUCAAGUCUGGCAAGACAAAGAAUGUGGAAUACCGCCUUGUCCAACUUCGAAAGCUGUACUGGGGACUCAAAGACAGAACUGGUCAGCUUCGAGAGGCCCUCAAAUACGAUCUCAACCGCCCUCCCCACGACGCCCACGUUUCUGACAUUGACUGGAGCAUUUCGGACUGCAUGUUCGCCAUCCAGAACUUGGCGACGUGGAUACAGGACGACAAGAACAUUGACGUGUUCCUUCCCUUUUCGCUUCUUCGCCCGCGAAUCCGAAAACAACCCCUGGGCACGGUUCUUAUUAUCGGAACAUACAACUUUCCGGUGCAGCUGAACAUUUGUCCCCUCAUUGGUGCGAUAGCCGCCGGCUGCACCGCUGUUGUGAAACCUUCCGAGAACGCCCCGGCAACGGCCAUGAUUCUCAAGGGUAUCAUCGAGGACUACCUGGACACUGACUCUUACAAGGUCGUGAACGGUGCCGUGCCUGAGACCACUGCUCUCCUGGACCAGAAAUGGGACAAGAUUCUGUAUACUGGCGGGGUCAACGUUGCCAAGAUCAUCUCCAGGAAGGCUUCAGAGACGCUUACGCCCGUGUGCCUCGAGCUUGGCGGCAAGAAUCCAGCAUUCGUCACCAGCAAUGCAGACCUUCGUCUUGCUGCGCGAAGGCUCUUGUGGGGAAAGACGCUGAACGCCGGACAAGUCUGCGUGUCCCACAACUACGUUCUCAUCGAAAGAGAACUAAUCAAGGACUUUGUCAAGUUUCUACGAGAAUCCUACGCCGAAUUCUUCCCUAAAGGCGCCAAGGAGAGCCCAGACUUUUGCCGCAUCAUCAACGCCCAACACUUUGAUAGGAUGAAGAACAUGCUUGAUAACACGCGUGGACAGAAGGUUUUGGGGGGAGACACUGACCGCAAUGACCUCUACAUCGAGCCAACGGCCGUUCUUGUCGAUGAUCUCCAUGAUAUUAUGGUUCAGGAGGAAUCCUUUGGUCCGAUAUGGGCGAUCGUGCCAUACGAUAAUCUCGAGGAUGCGAUUUCUAUCGCAAAUGAGACCGACUCUACGCCACUUGCUCUGAUGACCUUCGGCAGUCCAUCGGAAAAUGAGAAAGUACUGUCCAGUGUUACCUCUGGAGGGGCGACACUCAAUGACGCCUUCAUGCACGCCGCGGUCCACACCCUCCCCUUCGGCGGCGUAGGUUACUCUGGCUCUGGCUCUUACCGUGGGAAAGCGUCGUUUGACUGUUUCACACAUCGCCGCACAAUUGCAGAGACCCCCAACUGGGUGGACAAGAUCUUUCGUGUUCGAUACAUGCCCUACCUGGAGUCGCAGCUGAGGAUGUCACAGUGGCUAGGUGAUGUCAAGCCGGAUUUCGAUCGUCACGGAAGACAGGUCUUGGGUUUGAGAUCAUGGGCUUGGAAGAUAUUCAGACUGGGAAGUGCUUCUGGCCGAGGUACACUGCUGCGCUGGAUUAUUGUUGCGGCGAGCUGCUUUGCUGCUGCAAAGGCGGCCGGUCUUGGGCCUGAAGUUGUGAUCCCAAAGGUGUCAGUCGUAUGGGAUUAA